AUGGCUUUUCUCCGACGCCUUUUUGGUUUGUCGGACAAGAAGAAGCCGCCGAGGUGGUACGAGCGCGUCAGGAGGGAUGUGGACCCCGAAGAGGUCUGGUCGGUGCUGGGUGAACUGGGUGACGGUGCCUUUGGCAAGGUCUUUAAGGCACAGAACAAGGUGACGGGGGCGUUGGCAGCCGCCAAGGUGAUCGACACCCCAAGCGAGGAGGAGCUGGAGGACUACAUGGUGGAGAUCGAGAUCUUGGCUUGCUGUGACCAUCCCAACAUCACCAAGCUGCUGGAUGCGCUCUACUGGGACGGGCGGCUCUGGCACGGCCACAAGAUCAUCCACAGGGAUGUGAAAGCUGGAAAUGUCCUGCUCACCCUCGAUGGGGACGUCAAACUGGCUGAUUUUGGUGUCUCAGCCAAAAACUCCAGCACUGUCCAGCGCCGGGUGUCCUUCAUUGGCACCCCGUACUGGAUGGCCCCGGAGGUGGUGCAGUGUGAGACGUCCAAGGAGAGCCCCUACGGCUACAAGGCUGACAUCUGGUCACUGGGCAUCACGCUGAUCGAGAUGGCUGAGAUGGAGCCCCCCUACCAUGAGCUGAACCCCUUCCGGGUGCUGCUGAAGAUCACCAAGUCCCAGCCACCCACCUUGCGUCACCCCAAGAGGUGGUCUGAAGACUUCAAGGACUUCCUGAGGAAAUCCUUGGAGAAGAGCCCUGAGGCGCGGUGGUCGGCCAGCCAGCUCCUGCAGCACCCCUUUGUGGCCGGCAUCUCUGACAAGCGGCCACUCCGGGAGCUGGUGGCCGAAGCCCAGGCUGAUGUGCUGGAGGAGGAGGAGGAUGAAGAGGAAGGUCCAGUCCCCUUGCCAGGGCAGGAACAUGGAGAGUCCUCCUGCCCCCUGGCACCAGGGGAUCUCCUGGAGCACCAGCUCCCAGACACCAUGGGGAGUGUCGUUGAGGAGCCGGGAAUCCCAUCUGAUGUUCAGGUGGUGGUAGAGCCCAGGACCAAGACAGCAUCAGAGUUCUUGAAGCAAAUGAAGAGGAGGUCCUUGCCUGCGGGCUCCCUGGUGGCAGCCCUGGACCUGUGGACCAUGGGGACCAAAACCCAAAGCUUCAAGUCACUAACAGAGCAUCAGCACCAGGUUACUCGGUCAUUGCUAGACCUGAAGGCUGAGGUUGGCUCCACUGGGGCAGAAGAUGACCUGGGGAAGGAUGGUGAUGGAGCAGGAAGGGCACCCAUGGGACCUGAGGGUGCUGGUGAGACUGAGCUGGUGGAGGAGAGGGUGCCACGAGGUGAAGAAUCGCUGAUGCCCAGUGGGGUGGAGGAGGUAGUGGUGGGGUCAGAUGUUCCCAAGGGGUGGCAGGAGCCCCUGGUCAGAGAGAAGAACGAGGAGAGAAACUCAGCCAUGUGUGAACCCAUCACUGACCCUCUGGACCUGGUUGAGCAGGAGGUGGGGAGGACUGAGGAGGAAGCCACAGACAAUGCUGCAACUGGGGAUGAAACUUCUCCCAAGGAGGCCCUGGUGUCAGCAGAAGUGAAAGUGGAAGAGGAUGUUGUAAAAGGGUGUUUGCUUGGAGACCGUGAACCAGUGGGAGAUGCAGCCAGCCCAGGGGAGGAGCUGGAGGCAGCCUCUGCAGCAUGUGCAGGAGAGGGACCUGCAAGUGAGGAGGUCCAAAAUUCAGCAGAGGAUCCUUCCCCUUUGGAGAUCCCAGGACCUGCUGAAGAAGAAACACAAGACAAAGCAGAAAACAGCCCAAGAGGCAACCAGCCAGGAACUGCUCAUGGGGAUGGUUGGAAAGGACAAGAUGGGAAUGAUGGAGAGCUUGGAGAAGAAGGGGUGCAGGUUGCUCCAGCUCCUGACGGGCCAUCAAGUAAUGGAUCUGGAGAGGAGAUGGGUGGCUUAGAGGGUCACAGAGCAGUGCCAGAGCCCCAGGAAGCCCUUGGUGGACAUCCAAAGGCCACAAAGACCAUGAGCUUUGACUCUGCCCUUGUCCGCACCUCUUCCCAGGCGCGGGCAGUGUGGGAAGUAGGGAACACACCAGAUCCAUCCAUCAUGUCAAAGCAAGGAGAGGAACCAUCCCCUGUGGAAAACCCUGCAGAUGCACAAGGUGCAAGUGCCCUCUCUGCAGCAGCGCAACCUUUCUCCUCUGCCGGGGAAGCCCAGCAGGAACCUGCCUCACUCCAAAGGACAGUCAAGAAGACCCGGAGGUUUGUGGUGGAUGGGGAGGAGGUGAGUGUGACGACUGCCAGAACCGUUGGCAAGGCCGCGGCAAGGGAUGAGAUGGUGCGCUCAGCUCGGCGCCAAGAGCUCCGUGAGCUGCGAGUGCUGCAGAAGGAAGAGCAGCGAGCUCAGAGCCAGCUGGAGCAGAAGUUUCACCAGCAGCGUGAGCAGAUGUUUCGUCACAUUGAGCAGGAGAUGACGAGGAAGAAGGAGUUUUAUGACCGGGAGGUGGAGAGCUUGGAGCGGCGCUAUCGGCAGCUGAAGGAACGUCAGGAGCUCAAGUACACGGUGAGGCUGCGUGAUGAGGCCAAGCGCCUCAAGUCCCUCCAGGAGAAGGACUGUGGGAGGAGGAUGCAAGAGCUGAAGGGCGAUGGGACAGAGGAGCAGCGGUUCCUGCAGCAGCAGCAGGAGGAACUCAACGCAGCCUUGCAGAGAGUUGUCCAGGAGCACAAGAAGAAGAUGAUGUCCAUCAACUGGGAGUGCAUCAGCAAGAUCCAUAGCCUCAGGAGAGCCCGCGAGUCAGUGGUGUGGAACAUGGAGCAAGGGCACCUGCAGGAGAAGUACCAGCUCUUCAGGCAGCAGGUCAAGGAGCAACAUGCGCUGCAGAGGCAGCAGCUCCACAAGCGCCAUGAGAAGGAGACAGAGAGGAUGAACCGCUUCCACCAGCUCUUGCUGGAGGAGCUGAGGAGCCAGCAGGCACAGGAGCGGGCUCAGCUGCUGAAAAGCCAACGCUGUGAUGCCAAAAUCCGCCUGGCCCUCUUCAAGGACAACCUGAAGAUCCAGGAGGUUAAUGGGGCCAAGCAGAAGGAGAAGGCCAAGCAGUUCGUGCAGCAGGAGGAGCGGCGGCAGCGAGCGGAGGCGCAGGAGCAGCAGGAGCAGCAGGAGAAGCAGCUUCAAGUUCUGCAGCAGCAGCAGGUGGAGAACCUGGCCGAGCUGGAGCAGAUGCAGAGGGAGAAGAUGAAGCUCUUGGCAGAGCAGGAGAGGAGGCAGCUGGGGCGGUUGGACCAGGAGCACAUCAUGGAGCUCAGCGAGUGGAAGCAACGGUUGGCUGCACGCAAGGAGCACUGGAGCCCGGUCCAGGCUCCACCUGUUCUCCACUCACCUCAUCAGAAACCUGAGGGCAAAAAUAAGCCCUCACGGCCUUGA